UCCUUUCGGGGCCACGACACUUCACAGUUGAGAGUGCUUCAUGCCCCUCAUCUCAUCGGAGCCUUUGCAACAGCUCUGCCCAUGGCCACCGACGCCCCAGUUUCACACGUGAAAAAACCAGGCUCGGACAAGCGGCGAGCCGCUGCAAAGGCUGUGGCGGGAACGGUGGCGGCGGCGGAACUAGAACCCGACCCUCGGCGGCGGGCCGGCUCCUCCCCCGGCCCUCCCUCCUCCUCACCGCCCCCGGGGUGAGCCCUCCGCGCCCUCCUCGCAGCGUCUAGAGCCCCGGCUCCAGCCUCGCUCCCUCGGUUGCGAGCCUCCAGCACCCGAGGUCCCGGCCCCCCGCAUGCUGCGCCGCUGCGGGGCUGCCAGACGGGUCUCCACCUUACACUUCAGUUUUCCUGAACUCUCACCAGGUGGGUACAGCCCCCAGCACCCCCCCAACCAGAGGCACCAUGGACUGGAAGACGCUCCAGGCCCUACUGAGCGGCGUGAACAAGUACUCCACAGCAUUUGGCCGCAUCUGGCUGUCGGUGGUGUUUGUCUUCCGCGUGCUGGUGUACGUGGUGGCCGCGGAGCGCGUUUGGGGGGACGAGCAGAAGGACUUUGACUGCAACACAAGGCAGCCGGGCUGCACCAAUGUCUGCUACGACGAGUUCUUCCCUAUUUCCAACAUCCGCCUCUGGGCCCUGCAGCUCAUCUUCGUCACGUGCCCCUCGCUGCUGGUCAUCCUGCACGUGGCCUACCGUGAGGAGCGUGAGCGGCGGCACCGCCAGAAGCACGGUGACCAGUGUGCCAAGCUGUAUGAUAACGCAGGCAAGAAGCACGGCGGCCUGUGGUGGACCUACCUGUUCAGCCUCAUCUUCAAGCUCCUCAUCGAAUUCCUCUUCCUCUACCUGCUUCACACUCUCUGGCACGGCUUCAGCAUGCCACGCCUGGUGCAGUGCGCCAACGUGGCACCCUGCCCCAACGUCGUGGACUGCUACAUCGCCCGGCCCACCGAGAAGAAGGUCUUCACCUACUUCAUGGUGGGUGCCUCCGCCGUCUGCAUUGUGCUCACCAUCUGUGAGAUCUGCUACCUCAUCUUCCACCGGAUUCUGCGGGGCCUGCACAGGAGCAGGGCCCCAGGGCACAGCAGCCUCCCAGCCUCCACCUGCCGCUGCCACCACAAGCUGGUGGAGCCUGGGGAGCUGGGCCUGCUCUCCCGCCAUGACAAGCCACAUGCUUCAGCACCCAACCUGACCCCCAUUUGACCACAGGCUGGGGAGGGAUGCUGGAGCCACCAGUGGGGACAGGCAAGGAGGUAAUGUGCCGGCAGAGGGGUCCUGCAGGUGCUGGGUGCCCCCACCUUGAAUUCACAAAGCUAUCCAAUUUCAUUUUUGGCAGAUAUUGAGCGCCGGGCACUGUGCUGUUUACCUGGGUGUAGGUCACACCACAGGACCAGUGCCAGCCCUCAGGGGAGACAAACAUUAAAACAAGCAAGUUAACGACUGUAUCAAGGGGGCACAGGGGCUCAUAGCAAGGCUUCUACCUAAAAGGGGUGAUCAACAUGGCUUCCUGGAGAAAGUAUUGUUUAAGAGAGGUGAGAAGUGCUUCCUAGCAGAGGGAACGGCAGGUGGAGAGGCCAGAGACAACAAAAAGAGGGACUCACCCUGGCUUGGAUGCACAAGAAGAAAGGGAAUCUUCAUUCCCUUGGGAGAAGCCCCCAGAUUCCUGGGGUUAAGAGGAAGUACUCCCAGCAAAGAGUCUGGAGGCCUGAGAGUGUGCUUGGAAAGAGAAGGAGGAGCCUCUGGUGACACCAACCCCUCCUUGAGACACCCAGGGGUCCUCUGGGUCACCCCUGCCCUUGGGCAAGCCCUCCUCCCUCAAAUCCUACUCCCCAGGCCUCAGACAGCUUUGCUCUAAUAGUCCCCCUCACAAAUGCGCUCAGUCUGGUGCAGCCUCUCAGGCCCUGCCCCGGAACUCCCGGACUCUGGGACUCUGACUCAAGGUGUGCUGAUAGGUACACCCCCAAGGCAGUUUCCUUGAAUCAGUAAAGGCUGUGUUUUAUA